AGUUGACUGAGUCACUUCUGCUCACAACAAUGGAGCUUGAAGCAGCAAGAUUCAAAACUCAACAAGAACUCAGGCUAAAAGAUGAUCAACUGAGUCAACUCAAGCACCUUCUCAACAACGCCAUUCACGAAAGAGAUGAAGCUCAAAACAGAUACCAAACCCUCCUCCUUCAGUAUCAUCACAACCACCAUCAAACCACCACACCACCACCACCACCACCACACUCCGCCAUCUCAAGCAUAGAAGACGAACCCAUCACCAAUGCUGGCUUCUCAUCCUCAGAUUGUGAAGAAAGCAUCGUUUCAUCUCCGAUCACAGAACUUACACCGCCACCACGGUCAUCGGAGCAAGAACUUCCUUUUCCGGUGGUCCCAUUGCCGGAAAAAGGAAAGCUUUUGGAAGCAGUGAUAAAAGCAGGGCCUUUGUUACAAAACCUCCUUCUGGCUGGACCCCUACCACAUUGGCGACACCCACCUCCGCCACUAGACACCUACCAGAUUCCACCGCCACCGGUGGUGCUACCAAGUCCACCAUCCCUCCAUCAUUUGGUUUGGAAAUUUAACAAGAAAAGGGGUUCUCCUGAAGGGUCUGAUUCUUCCACAGAGACCAAAUACCAAAGAAUCGCCAUCAAUUGACUCCCCUACUAUACGAAAACAAGUAGAAGAGACUUUUACUCACUAGAUAUAUAAUCAUUGUUGGAACUGGGUAUUAUUAUCAGGUGGAGGGGUUCUACCCAUUUGUAUAGCAAAAAUCUCC